AUGAUUUUAUAAAAUGAUAUUAUUUUUUGUUAUUGGAUUAAAAAAAUGUGCCUACGACUAUUUAAAUACUUUUGUUUUAUUUCUGAACCUCAUUUAGAUUGGUCACCUCAUGAAAUGAUCAAUUUGAAGAGUGACUUCUAAGAAUUAAUAGAAAAUCGUUUAAUAGAAGUUAAGAGAUGCUCAAGUGUUUGGAAAUAUUAUGCUAAAAUAGGAUUUCAGGCCUUUUUAUAUCUUUUAAGUGCUCUAGAACUUAUCUUUACAUUAAUUUACAUCUUACAUAAUAAUAUUGCUGAUGAUACUACAUACUUUGAGUUCUGUUAUAAUUUAUCUAUAAUGUCAAGGGUUGUAGUUCAUAUUUUAGCUUGGAUGUAUACUUAUUAUUACAAAGAAAUUGACGAACAUAGUUUUUUUGUUGAAAUUACUAAUUAUUUAUAUUAUAUGUUUAUGGGACGGUUAAGCUAUUGUAAAUUAGCUCCAUUUAUUAUUUAUUACAACAGAGAUUAAUCUAUUAAGUAGUUUUCAUUCAGUUAAAUUAAUAAAUACUAAGAGUUGAGUUACAAACGUAAAAAUAGAAAUCCGUGUAGGCUUUUCAAAGAUAGAAAAAAACCUGUCAAUAUCUUUAGGGAUCUAAUAUUCCAUAGAGUUACUCUCUUCUCAAUGAUGAUAACAAUGGCUAUUUAAACAAUCCCUUAACUCUGUAUAUAAGGCUUUUUUAAUUAAUUAAAAGGAUCAUGGGAUGGAUUAAACCUGUUUUGUUUUGGAUUAUUAGUAAUUAAUUUAAUAAACUACUAUUUCGAAUUUUAAUUCAUUGUAUUAGUUACAACUUAUAGAUAAAUUAGAUUGGAUUAAAAUUGGGGACAUAAAAAAAUCCAGUUAAAGUAUAUUUAUGAAAUAAAACAAUUAUUAAAAUCAGAUUAAAUUAAUAUGUCUUUUUUUUAUUGUAAUAAUUUUUAUAUUGAUCCAAGUAAUUUCAGCCCUUAUUAAAAGAAAAAAUGUAUGAUAUAAAUAUAAGUUACUUAUUAAGGUAGAAUAUGUAUAAAAAUAUUGAAUUUAAAUUUAUUGAUAAAUAUGAAGAAGUUACAUUGUAAUAUUUAGCUAAUUGUUUUAAAUUUAUUAAAGUAGAAUAAAUAAUUCUUUAUUAUCUUGAAGACGAUAAAUUAACAAUGUUGGGAGGUAUUUUUAACAAUAUUCCAAAUUUGAAAAUUGAACCUUAAGCCAUCAGUAAAUUGCCAAUUGAUAAUAUUGAAACAUUCAAUUCGUAUUUUGAUGAAUUAAGUAAGAGAGUCCAAUAAAUAUAAUUUAUUUAAAAUCCAAAAAUAACUGCUGGUUGUUAAUCAUAAGAAAAAAAAUAUGUUACAAAUUAAGGUUACUUAUAACUUUCUGAAGAAUUCUUAGAACUAAUUCCAAUCUAGAGAUACCAAUAUUUUCAACAUGGUGUAAUAAUUAUUAGUAGAGCAAAAGAAUUAAUUGAUAGAAUAACCAAAAGAGAACUUUUUGCAGAAUAUGUUAGUUAAAAUGCUUGUUUGUUAUGUUUGUACGAUGUUUAUAAGGAAUUUUAACGAAUUGGUGAAAAAUUUGAAAUAUGUAUAGCACCGUUUAUCGAAAAUGUUUUCGAUACAGCCUAUUCAUAUUUUUUGAUUCUUUACAUGAUUGAUAGAGCUGAUCUAUUUAUAUAUACCUUUCUAGUUAUAAUCGCAUUCAAUUCAGCAACAUCGACUUUAUCAUUUGCAUUAAUGUUGCAGCGUAGAUUUAGAGCUAUUCUGGGUUUUUUAGUAUUAAACACUAUAAAGCUAGAUUAAGUAUUAAGUUGUGUUGUAAUCCUCUUAGUGAAUAGGGAAUAUUUAAGAAUAAAGAAUAGCUAUUGUAUGAACACUCGCAUUAAGUUUCGGAAAUAUGCCUUAAGAUUUCAGGGUAAUGUUGCUACUUAAGUAUUUGAAUCACAUGAGAAAAUUUCGCUUGCUAUAGGAUAUUCGUCACACCCAUUCUUUUAAUGCAUGAAUUGGAGAUCAACUGUACAAGACACUUUCAAUGUGGUUCCUUAGUUAUGUUUUUUUUUUAUCGAUGUCACCUGUUUAUGAUGUGGAAAAAUUUACUAUAUUGUCAUUUGGGAUAUUCAAAUCUGUUUUUUUUGUAAUAUUAGAUUUACUACAUAUAACUAUUAAAGACUUUUUUAUUCCAGCUUUAAUUUUAAGCACAUCUUCAGUCGAUUAAUUCUUAUAAUCUAUUUAAUAUUUAAGCAGAAUACCAAACCAAAUACUAUUAGCAUAUCCUAAAUCCUUCUCUAUUAUGUCAAAAGCAUAUUUAAAUCAUAUACAAAAAUUUUGUAAUUUUAAAAUUAAUUUGAAAACAAUAAAUUUUUCUGAUUUUUCACACUUAAAAAAAUUGAAGAAGUAAGCUCAGUUUAGGUAUAUACUUGGUUGUAUUUAAAGUAUUUUAGAAAUUGAUUAGGCAUAAAGAUUGUUUUGUAUGGGAAGCGAAUUAGAUGAUUUAAUAAGUUGUUUAAUAGUGAGUCAAAUCUAUUAAUUAAAAUUGAAUUAUUAUUUAGAUGAAGUAAAUUCAAUCCAUAUUCCUCAUAUUAAUGUAAUUAUUAGAAAUUGCCCAAAAUAAUUAAAGUUUUUGCAACUCUAAGUAGAAGCUACAAAUGAACAUUAAAUGGAAUUUUGUGUUGAAAGAACAGGAACUCUAAUAGCAUUUUCAUACUCAUAUUUCUAAAUAAUACAAUAAUAUAGAAAUAAUCCCGCUUAAGUAGGAAUAGAAAUCAAUUUAAAUAUAAAUGACAAUUUUUUAAAAUUAGAUAGAUAUAAUUUUGAGGAAUUUUAUUUUGAAGUUUCUGGUAAUCUUAUUCUUAAUAAUUGUGAAUAAUUAUUUUAAGAAUUCAAUUAUUUGAAACUUUUCAAGGCAUCAAUUAUUAAUAAAGGAACUAUUUAGAGUUUUUAAUUUUCUAAUAAUUUAAGAAGUAAGUAAUUGGAAACUCUUGAUAUUACAUUUGAAAAUAUCAAAUUAGAUUUUUAAGAAUAUAAUUUUAAAAAUCUCCGUUUAUUUAAAAUGAUAUUAAUAAAUUGUGAAUUUAAUAAAGAUUAAUUGAAGGAGCAAUUAGAAAAUCUAAAUGAAUAUAAAAGGGAAAUUUAUAUAGAUAUAUCUUAAUGUUUGUAAAGCUUUACAAGAGAAGAAUAGAGAGACCUAAUUAGAAAAUAAGAACUAAAAGGGACAGAUGUUGUCUUUAAAAUUUGA